AGUCGGCCUGCCGCUCAGUUAGUAACCUUUUCGAAUUAAAACGCGCUUGUUCAUUGAAGAUGGCCACAGAAGAUAUAAUUGCAGAGUUUGAAGAAGCGUUCAAAGAUAGAUAUACAGAAAAAGAUGAAGAUUAUAAAGUGAUAUUAGCUAAAGAGGAUGCUCCUCCUCCAGUUGUUCCAAACUUUGGAUCUCUAAGCUCUGAUCGUCAUUCCCAUAAUGAUAACACUCGUUCAAAAAGGUCUCGUUCUCGGUCAAGAAGUCGUUCUCGUUCACCUGAAACAUUGAAACGAAAAGGUAUAUAUGGCGACUAUUCCUACUUUGUUUUUUACUAUUAGGUACUCUUCGUGGUUGUGACGGUAAUGUCGGAGACGUGGUUCUGCUUCACCCCUUAACUUGGACGUAAAGAAGUUUUUAAUGAAAAAUAUACUUUCAUUUUA